CUGUAUUUUGUAAAUCGUUAAAUCACAAAUGCUGGUGAUAACAAAUUAAACUCGAGCAAAAAAGCUGGUCCUGGUAACAAUGCAGCCACUACUUGUAUUCAUAUUCGGAAUAAAACUGUUGGCCAAUGUCGUGAUUGAUCCGAAUAUCAAUUAUUCCCGACGUCAAAAAUAAUACACAGUAAAGGUUAUUCCCUUUUUGACGUCACAUUUGUUGUUUCUUUCUGUUUUUAACAUAUCAGAACCGCAGUAAGCAUUACACUCUGACAGCAUUACACUCUGACAAAAUGUCAAGCAGCAAUAACUAUAUCCAAUUGAUCUCUCACGCAAAAUUGGCAGAAUAUGAUCAAACACGUAUCGACUUACCAAUCCGCAAAUACGUACUCAUCAAUAAUUUACUACGCGAAGAAAUGAAAGAGAAUACUAAAGACAAAAAUAUGAUACUGUUAGAGCAGCACUGGUUUGACUCUUGUUUAAAUGAACUGGUCAAGGAAGAACAAGAUCAAAACGAAAGAGAAUUGACAUUGAAGCAUAAUCUACAUUUAAAAGCUUUUUACAAUUUGCACAAUGGAACAGGGUUUCUUAUUUGCACUUCGAAUUCAUAAAGUUCUUUCAUACGAAAAUAAAAAUAAUAAAAAAUAAAAAAUAAAAACAGAAAUAAUAAAAACCGC